GUUUUUGUUUGCUUUUGUAACUAGUUGCGCAUUCUUUCAUUCCGUCGUAUAACAAGAAUAUUUUAAUUUGAUUAUCACCUUUCGUAAAGCUGAAUAAAACAUUUCCACGGAGAUUAAAGAAAACAACAACAAGAUAAUAAUUUUAACACCUGGACGCAACAGAUGGCUUGGGGGUGAAUCAAUGAAGAAGAAUAACAAGAAUUAGGAAGUGAUUCGGAAUGGAUAACAACGAAGACAGUGAACGUCUUCUUGGACACAGUCAGGAUGUGGAGGAUGACGAUGAUCAGCUAGAUAGAUUUGUGCCCGCCUUUGCUCCACAGUCCAUUAAUGAUGAGGACGAUUUUCUCCCUGAAUGUCAGGAUCAGGAUCAGGUGAUCCUUAUAUCCAAUGAGCCCACUACGGGGAAGGGCUUUACCUAUAUUGUGUUCUAUUUGCUGGGAAUUGGUACAAUGACGCCAUGGAAUUUCUUUGUAACCGCCGAAGAUUAUUGGAAAUAUAAAUUCCGUAACACAACGAGCAAUUCCACAGAUCCCGAUGAUGAGCUAACCCCAUUGCAAAAAAGUUUCACCUGUGAUCUGGCCCUGGCUGCCACAAUAUCGGGAACUACAUUCCUGAUACUCAAUGCCAUCUAUGGUCAUCAUGUAUCGCUGCGGACCAAAAUGCUGGGAACCCUUUGGAUCAUUUGUGUUCUAUUUGGUGUGACUACGGGUUUUGUGGAGAUCAAUACGGAUAGCUGGCAGGAGCAGUUCUUUUUAAUAACCCUCGGCAUUGUGGUUAUCCUAAAUAUUUCUGCUGCCAUCAUGUCGGGAGCUCUGUACGGUGUGGCCGGUCUCUUUCCGUCGCAAUAUAUGACCGCUGUGGUCAGUGGACAGGCAUUGGGUGGUAUUCUAACCGCAUUGGCAUUCAUUUUGGUACUUGCCUUCGAUACGGGACCCAAAAUAACAGCCUUUGUAUUCUUUAUCGUUGGCGGUGUUUUGAUACUCCUUUGCAUUGUUUGCUACCUGGCCAUGGCCCGUCAACCGUAUUUCAAAUAUUAUCUGGAUGGCGGUGACAAAUACAAAGUGAUUAGUGCGAUCCCAUCGCAUAGUCGCCACGGCGGUGAAGAAGAAACGGGGGGCAUGCCACUUGAGCCGAUAAUGCGGGAAGUGCUUAGCCAGAUUUACAUUCAUGCCGUUUGCCUGGCCCUUCUGUAUGUGACGACGUUGUCCGUAUAUCCGGCAGUCACUGUACUAAUGCAAUCAGAGUAUUCUGAUCAACAUACUGAAUGGACUGAUGUCUACUAUUUGCCGGUUGUGAACUAUUUGUUUUUCAAUUGUGGAGAUUAUUUUGGACGUCUCUUGGCUGGUUGGUUUGAACGUCCUGUCAAUGCGGAAACGUCCUUAUUGAUAACGAUAGCGCGAAUUUUUUUCGUCCCAUGUUUUCUAUUCUCGAACACCAAUGAACAUCAUUUUAUGCCAACAUUAAUAAAGCAUGAUUCCACAUUUAUUACCAUGAUGAUUCUGUUUGCCCUCUCCAAUGGUUAUAUAACCAAUAUUUUGCUCAUUAUGGCUCCCAGAAGUGUCAAACAGCACGAAAAGGAACUUGCCUCAUCCAUAAUGGCUGCUGCUUUAAGUGUGGGCAUGGCAUUUGGCUCAUUACUUAGUUUGGCCUUUGUCCAAAUGUUGUGACCCCUCCACAAUAGAUUAAGUGCAAUUUUAAUAGGUGCCUUAUAGUGAAUUUUUUCUAUUUUACGUUUUUAUUUAACCUUUCCCUUGUAUGUAUAUAUGUAUGUAUGUAUUUAAUUGUGUUGUAAAAUAACUUUUACUUUUUUUGUAAACUAACCUCUCCAAAAUGGCCACUAAUCAAAAUAAGAAGAGACUCAAUUUUCAUCAUAUCAAGAUCAAAAGUCUAUUUGUGUGUCGUUACUUUAAACACUUCAAUAGAUCGAUCAAUUUUUCAAUGCGUUCUUGUGCGAAAUUUUAAUCCAUUUGCAUUUUUCUACCCUUGCAAAGAUAUCAAAAGAAAACCAAAAAAACAAUCAUAUAACACUGGUUUACAAAAUUCAUUGAUUUUCAAUGUUAAAAAAUAACAAAAAAUGUUAAAAAAUGGCUUUGAACUUGAUAGUAGUAAAUUCGUUUCAAUUGAUGCAUUGAUGCAAUUGAUGCGUAAAUGUUGCUACACCAAUACAGUUUACAAGAAAUUUUAAAAAUAUUUGAUUGAUGUGUCUAAAAACAUGAAUAUUUUGAAUAUCAUUAUCUUGGUCCUCAUUUAAAUACUAAAAAACAACAGAUUGCAAAACUUUACAUUUUCAAAGUUAAUUUUUGAUGUAAACUAGUUAAUCUUUUAAACGAUUUUAACCAAAAAAAUAACUAAAAUUUUGCUAUCUGUGAGCUGUGACUGUGAUUUUUUUUACUGGCACCUUUUUUAUUUAUGUAUAUAUCAAGCACCAAAAGCAGGUCAGAUGGGCGUAUGUAUAUAAACGACCCAAAUACACAAUUUUCGUUAAGAAAUUAUUCAAGAUGAUGAUAAUAUUUGAAAUUAACAUUUCGUACAUCCCUAGAUAUUCUUUUGGAGGCAAAACACAUUUUUUUUUCUAGAUUCAUGUAAAUAUUUAGGCAUAUUUUGAAAAUUCGAUUUAUUCGAUUGCUUCAAAAAUUAUGCGCUUUAUGUUAUUUUUGCAAGGGUAGCAAAGAAGUACGGCGUUGCCGUAUUUAUUUUAGAAAUCUGUUUAUAUAAACUACUUUUAACUAAUUGCUAGCAAGAACGUGUUGAAAUUUUAGCCACAAAUGUUGUAUAAUUUCAUGUGUGUAAGAAGUAAGUCUAUAGCUUUCGCAACCUCAAUUCAGACUAGUCAUAAAUGGGCUGAUUUGUGGUUGAAUAACGAAUAACGAAAUUUUUAUUUAAAUAAGCUUUAAUUUUUCCACAAAUGUAUUUUUCAAU